AUUGCCAGGAACGUAGAUGGCGGCGGCCCUUGGUGGAGGGGAGGUGAAUUGAGGAAGGGGGGGCAGGGGAGGGGGAGGCGAAGACUGGCAAGAGAAGGACAGGACCCUCGAGGGCCUGGUGAUGUUGCUGUGACAUAGUCACUAGGGCUUGCAAGUGUGAAAGAGGACCCUCUCUGUGGGUCCUUACUACAUUCUUCUGGGCAUGCCUACUGCACUUUGGAGCCAUGGACCUGAAGAAACACCAGGGCGAUCCUCCCUUGGCCCUGGGCCUAUCUACAGGUAAGGCCCUUGGUAUACUGAAAGAGCAGCUGGAGGCCGUGCUGGAAGGGCACCUAAAGGAGCAGAAGAAAAGCCUCACUUGGAAGGAGAUAUGGAAAAGAAGCUUCCUGCACCAUGGUAACCGCUGUUCCUGUUUUCACUGGCCGGGUGCCUCCCUGAUGCUGUUGGCAGUGCUGCUGCUGCUAGGCUGCUAUGGAAAUCAACCAGCCGGGAGCCAUGGGGUAGAGUUGGUGAAUGCCACGGCACUUCUCCUGUUGCUGCUUCUGAACCUCAUCCUCAUCGGGAGGCAGGAGCGACUGAAGCGCCAGGAGGUGGAGAGAAGGCUUCGAGGGAUCAUCGAUCAAAUAAGUGACGCCCUCGGGGAUGGUAAGGAGGUCAGGUGGCCAAAUGCCAUGUACCCUGAUCUUCACAUGCCCUUUGCCCCUUCCUGGUCCCUGCACUGGGCCUACCGAGAUGGACACCUGGUAAAUCUGCCAGUCAGCCUGCUGGUGGAGGGAGAUGUCAUUGCCCUGAGGCCAGGUCAGGAAUCCUUUGCUUCCCUGAGGGGGAUCAAGGACGAUGAGCACAUUGUCUUGGAGCCAGGUGACCUGUUUCCCCCCUUUUCUCCUCCUCCCUCUCCACGGGGGGAAGUGAAGAAGGGACCACAGAACCCCCAACAGCACCGGCUCUUCCGGGUUCUUAAGACCCCUGUGUUGGACAACAUCAGAUGGUGCUUGGACAUGGCCCUGGCUCGCCCAGUGACUGCCCUAGACAAUGAGAGGUUCACAGUGCAGUCAGUGAUGCUGCGAUAUGCAGUCCCUGUGGUACUGGCCAGCUUCCUCAUCACUAAUGCCCUGCGCUUUGUGUUCGGUGCUCCGGGGAUCACUUCUUGGCAGUAUACCUUACUCCAGCUGCAGGUGAAUGGUGUCCUGCCAAUCCUCCCACUGUUGUUUCCAGUCCUGUGGGUACUGGCCACAGCCUGUGGGGAGGCCCGAGUCCUGGCCCAGAUGAGCAAAGCCUCACCUAGCUCCCUGUUGGCCAAGUUUUCAGAAGAUACUCUCAGCAGCUAUACAGAAGUGGUUUCCUCUCAGGAAAUGCUCCGCUGCAUCUGGGGACACUUCCUCAGGGUGAUCCAAGGAAAGUCAUCGACGCUGAGCUACAGCUCCAGCCUGCUGCACAGCUUGGGCUCUGUGACGGUGCUGUGCUGUGUAGACAAGCAAGGAAUCCUGUCCUGGCCCAAUCCAAGCCCUGAGACUGUCCUGUUCUUCAGCGGGAAGAUGGAACCACCUCACAGCAGCCACGAGGACCUGACUGAUGACUUGUCCACCCGCUCCUUCUGCCACCCUGAGGUAGUGGAGGAGCCCCAUGAGCGUGACGCUUUGCUGUCUGGUCCCUUGAAUGACACCUUGCACCUCUCCAAUGAGCAGGAAAGGGGUGACUGGCCUGGGGAUGGUCCCAAACCACCUGAACCUCACUCUCACCGAAAGCUGCAUGGGCGCAGUAAACAUCCCUCUGGCUCCAAUGUGAGCUUCAGCAAGGACAUUGAGGGAGGGGAAGAGGAGCCAUUUAAGGCUGUGAGCGAAGGGGAUGCCUGCGAGGCGGAUGACUUUGUAUGUGACUACCACUUGGAGAUGCUGAGCCUGUCUCAGGACCAGCAGAAUCCCUCCUGCAUCCAGUUUGAUGACUCUAAUUGGCAGCUGCACCUCACCUCCCUCAAGCCCCUCGGCCUCAAUGUGCUGCUGAACCUGUGCAAUGCCAGCGUCACUGAUCGCCUCUGCCGCUUCUCUGACCACCUCUGUAACAUCGCACUCCAGGAGAGCCACAGUGCUGUGCUGCCUGUACAUGUGCCCUGGGGGCUCUGCGAGCUCGCCCGACUCAUCGGCUUCACUCCUGGCGCCAAAGAGCUCUUCAAACAGGAAAACCACUUAGCACUCUAUCGCCUUCCCAGCGCUGAGAUGGUGAAGGAGACAGCCUUGGGAAAACUAUCCCGUGUUACCAAGCGGCGCCCACCCCUGAGCCAUAUGAUCAGCCUCUUUAUCAAGGACACAACCACCAGCACUGAGCAGAUGCUGUCCCACGGCACAGCAGAUGUGGUUCUGGAGGCCUGCACAGACUUCUGGGAUGGAGCAGACAUCUACCCGCUCUCUGGCUCAGACAGAAAGAAAGUGCUAGAUUUCUACCAGCGAGCCUGCCUCUCAGGCUAUUGCUCUGCCUUUGCCUACAAGCCCAUGCACUGCGCCUUGUCCUCUCAGCUCAAUGGCAAGUGCAUCGAGCUUAUGCAGGUGCCUGGCCACAGUGCCAUCUGCACCUCCUGCGAGCUUCCUGGUACCAUACCCAUCAAGCAAAACACUCGCCGCAACAGCUGGAGCUCUGACGAAGGGAUCGGCGAAGUGAUGGAGAAGGAGGAUUGUAUGCAAGCUCUGAGCGGCCAGAUCUUCAUGGGUAUGGUGUCAUCCCAGUACCAGGCUCGUCUGGACAUCGUGCGCCUCAUCGAUGGGCUGGUCAAUGCCUGCAUCCGCUUCGUUUACUUCUCCCUGGAGGAUGAGCUCAAGAGCAAGGUGUUUGCAGAAAAGAUGGGCCUUGAGACAGGUUGGAAUUGCCACAUCUCCCUCACACCAAAUGGUGAUGUUCCAGGCUCUGAGAUUCCCCCUUCUAGCCCCAGUCAUGCCGGUUCCUUUCAUGAUGACCUGCAUCAGGUGUCCCGGGAUGAUGCUGAGGGGCUUCUGCUCCUGGAGGAGGAGGGUCACUCUGACCUUAUCAGCUUCCAGCCUACCGACAGUGACAUCCCUAGCUUCUUAGAAGACUGCAACCGGGCCAAGCUGCCUCGGGGUAUCCACCAAGUACGGCCACACUUACAGAACAUCGACAAUGUUCCUCUGCUGGUACCCCUCUUCACGGACUGCACCCCUGAAACCAUGUGUGAAAUGAUUAAGAUCAUGCAAGAGUAUGGAGAGGUGACGUGCUGUUUGGGUAGCUCCGCCAACCUGCGCAACAGCUGCCUCUUCUCGCAGAGUGACAUCAGCAUUGCCCUGGAUCCCCUGUAUCCAUCCCGCUGCUCCUGGGAGACCUUUGGCUAUGCCACCAGCACCAGCAUGGCCCAGGCCUCAGAUGGCCUGUCUCCCCUGCAGCUCUCGGGGCAGCUCAACAGCCUGGCCUGCUCCAUGGCCUUUCGGCAGGAGGAGAGCAUCAGUAUCAUCCGGCUUAUUGAGCAGGCCCGUCAUGCUACCUACGGCAUCCGCAAGUGCUUCCUCUUCCUGCUGCAAUGCCAACUGACUCUAGUAGUUAUCCAGUUCCUUUCUUGCCUGGUACAAUUGCCACCACUCCUGGGCACCACUGACAUCCUGUGGCUGUCCUGCUUCUGCUAUCCCCUUCUAAGCGUCUCCCUGCUUGGGAAGCCUCCACACAGCUCUGUCAUGUCUGUAGCUACAGGGAAGAAUCUUCUCUCAAUCCCCAAGAAGACCCAGCACUACUUUCUCCUCUGCUUCUUGCUCAAGUUUAGCCUGACCAUAGGCUCGGGCCUCAUCUGCUUUGGCUUCAUCCUGCAGAGUUUUUGUGAGAGUGCCCAGAUCCGAAACCUUACUAACUGUUCCUCUAUCAUGCUGAGCAGUAAAGCUCCAAAUUGGUUUGAUGACUUUGCCAAUGGGCUCCUGCUGGCCCAGAAACUUACAGCUGCCCUAAUCGUCCUACACACUGUGUUCAUUUCCAUCACCCAUGUGCACCGCACCAAGCCCUUGUGGAGAAAGAGCCCCUUCUCCAAUCUCUGGUGGACCGUAACAGUACCUGUGGUGCUUCUGGGGCAGCUUGUGCAGACGGCAGUGGACUUGCAGCUCUGGACAAACAGGGACAGCCAUAUUAACUUUGGCCUGGCAGAUGUGCCCCUGAUCACCUGGCUCCUGGGCUGCCUCUCCCUCAUCCUUGUGGUCGUCACCAAUGAAAGUGUCAAGUUGCAUGAAAUCCGGGUUCGGGUCCGAUACCAGAAGAGGCAGAAACUACAGUUUGAAACUAAACUUGGCAUGAACUCCCCUUUUUGAGCUGUUGGAUGCAGUCACCUUCCUCUGACCUAGCUAUCCUCACCUUCCUGGUGACCUUCCACCUGUGCCCUCCACCCCCCCCACCACUUGUGUGUUUGGGCAUUGAGGUUGUAACUACUGGAGAGAAGGUCCUUGGGCCCUUUACACUAAUACAAGGUAGGAGGAGCAACCAGGGCCUGUGGGCCAAGCCUUCCUGCUCUAUUCCUACUAGACUCUAGAGUCUUCCAUUUCUCCCUUUACCACAUGCUUUCAGAGGAGUCCUAGAGCCCAGCAGGGGCUCAGCCAGUCCCAGACUUUUUUCUGAGCCCAGCCUGGGGUACAUUUGAAUGAAAUGCACCUUUGCAGAAAGGGCCCCUCACCUGAGCCAUUUGGCAUAGACCCAGACUUUAGGGGCAGAAGCCCCACCUAAGCAAUUACUGAGCUCCCCCUUAGGUGGUGAUACUGAAUGCAGGGGGUAUUUUUGCCUCAUCUUCCCAUCCCUGACUCCACAGAAGACAGUAGCCACAGGCCCCUCCCUUAACCCUGUCUUCCCAGGGCUGGCGUAUGGCUUCUGAGCCUCCCUCCAGCCCUCCCCAAGCUAUGAGAGGAGCCUGCAGUUCCUGCCUUCCUUUCUCUGGGACUGAAGAUGGAGAGCAGCCUGGUCACACCCCUAACAGCUGGAUGCCACUGCAGGCAGGGUUCCCAGCCCUUCCUCCAGUGUCUUUCCUAUGUGAGAGUGUUUUUACUGGUGUAUAUUUUCUAUCAGAAAUGAGCCUUUUGGAGACGAAUGUAAAAACUCCAUUUGUAUUAAAACUUGUAAAUUGAA